AUGGUGGCCAACAUUGGCUACAAUAACACCGACGAAAUGGACGAUUUGCCCGACGAAGACGUGGCCAAAGACUUCUACAUCAAAUACGAGCCCAAAGAAGUGCUCGGAAGAGGUGUGUCGAGUACUGUUCGCCGGUGUGUGGAGAAAGAGACGGGCCGUGAGUUCGCCGCCAAGAUUAUCGACGUGAGCGCCGAUCUCGAAGACUCUCAGGGCUUGACUCUACGCGAGGCAUCACUUCGAGAGAUCAAUAUUCUUCGCCUGUCGGCCGGACACCCGUAUAUCAUCGAAUUACACGAUGUGUUUGAAUCAAACACUUAUGUAUUUCUGGUCUUUGAAUUAUGCAAGAAUGGAGAGCUUUUUGAUUAUCUCACGAGUGUUGUGGCCUUAUCUGAGAAACGGACAAAAGCUAUAAUGAAACAACUGUUCGAAGGCCUUCAUUAUAUCCAUUCACAUAAUGUGGUCCACAGAGACCUUAAACCUGAAAAUAUUUUACUCGACGAUAAUUUGAAUAUAAAAAUCUCUGAUUUCGGUUUCGCGAGGGGUAUAUCACCGAAGGAACGACUAUACGACCUGUGCGGAACUCCCGGUUAUUUGGCUCCGGAAUUAUUACGCGCGUCAAUGUAUGAGAACUCCGAUGGUUACGGCAAAGAAGUGGAUCUGUGGGCCUGUGGUGUCAUUAUGUAUACACUGUUAGUGGGAUUUCCGCCCUUUUGGCACAGAAAGCAGAUGAUUAUGUUGAGGAAUAUCAUGGAAGGCAAAUACGAGUUCUGUAGCCCUGAAUGGGAUGACAUCACAGAUCAGCCCAAAGAUCUCGUCAGUCUUCACAUUGUCAUUGAGAUUAUUAAAAAACUAUUGGUUAUCGAUCCGAGUGAGAGGAUCAGCGCCGCCGAUGCCCUAAAGCAUGGAUUCUUUCAAACGGUGCGCUCACGUGUCGGCCCAUUCAACGCUAGAAAAACGUUUAAAUUGGCGAUAAUGACUGUGCGAGCGAUGAUCCGGAUUAAGAGAUUAAAACAUACGCCCGAACCGUUAAGCUUAGAGAUGGUCAGAAUUAAUCCCUAUAAGAUUAAGACGUUGAGAAAAGUAAGUGUCGACGACCUUAAUGUCGAAAAGCAAAUACUGUUAUACGGCUAUAGACGGCUGUGCUUUCCGUGUAUACCAUCAUUGGGUAAAGAGAGGCGAAGUGCAGAACAGAGCGGCGCUCUUCGAGAAUAGGCCUAAAAUCGAAGCGAAACUCUUAUACCAGGAAUCGCUUAUAGUUGCAAACAUUAGGAGUUAGUUAUUUAGUAAACCAUAGGAUAAAAUACUCAUCCCCUUUACAAAACCUCACACCCAGUCAUCGCAACUCAUAUUUUGUAAAUCAUUUGUAAAUAAGUUUUAAGUUAUUUUCGGUUUAAGUGACUAAAAAGAGACACUAAAUCAGGUGAAUAGCAGUAAGUCGUGAAUUUGAAGCGCGAAUUAGGCCAACCAAUUAUGACGAUAAUAACAAAUUUACAACACAUUAUAUAAAUAUUAAAAAACUGAUUGUUAUAUAUUUUGAGAAAAAAAUAAAUUAUGAAAUGAUGUGAUUCUGUAUAA